AUGCCGCUCGCUCUCGCAGGUGCUUCUUUGAAAACAGUUACAAAGUUUAAAUAUUUGGGUCACUGGGUCACUGAUAACCUUAGCGAUAAUGUAGACCUAGAGCGGGAGCGGAGGUCGUUGGCCGUCCGAUGUAACAUGUUAGCCCGCAGGUUCGCGUGGUGUUCAAGGGAUGUGAAAAUUACUUUGUUCAAAGCUUUUUAUGUCUCCUUUUACUCGUGCGGCCUGUGGGUGGACUACACGCAGAAGGCGUACAAUGAACUUCGCGUGCGAUACAACAACGCGUUCCUGGUGUUGUUGGGGCUGCCGCGGCGGUGCAGCGCGUCCGGCAUGUUCGCUGAGCUGAGGACCGACGGUUUCGCAGCCGUGAUGAGGAAGAGGUGUGCCUUGCUGGAAGCACGGUUACGCGCCAGCCCCAACCGUGUCCUGAGCGUGUUUGCGAGCCGCUGGGACAGCCCAAUGUUGGCCCGGUAA